AGCCAAGUGUUGGAAUCCUAAGUGAAGUGAAAGCUUAGCUAGGUUGCAUCGAGGUCGAGGUCUCUUCUAAUGGCGGGCGUCGAGGUCUCCAAGCCGUCGAGGCGCCUGUCGCCGAAGGGGAGCUUCAAGGUGAGCCUGCCCAGCCUGCUGGCCUGCGGCCAGUGCAAGGCCACGGCCGUCUCGCCGCCGGACUCACCCACGGGCGCCGGCGCGAGGUCGUUCUCGUCGUCGGCGUCGUCGUCCGCGGGGACGUCCCGUGGGCGGGGGGAGCGCGACCGGCUGGCGGAGCUCCGGGAGAUCUUCCGCCACUUCGACCGCGACAUGGACGGGCGGAUCUCCGGCGAGGAGCUCCGGGAGUUCUUCGCGUCCAUGGGCGACGCCGGGGCCGCGGCUGCCGCCGCGGCUGCCAUGGGGCUCGACGAGAACGGCGGCGGCGGCCUGAUGCUGGCGUUCGAGGACUUCGUGCGGAUCGUGGAGCGGAAGGGCGGGGAGGAGGAGGAGCGGGAGGACCUGCGGCGCGCGUUCGGGGCGUUCGAGGCGGUGAAGGGGUCCGGGAGGAUCACGCCGCGCGGGCUGCAGCGCGUGCUCAGCCAGCUCGGCGACGACGCGUCCGUCGCCGAGUGUGAGGCCAUGAUACGCGCCUACGACGACGACGGCGACGGCGAGCUCGACUUCCACGAUUUCCACCGCAUGAUGAGCCAAGACUAGCUUAAGCUACCCCGUGUGGUCCGUGUCUGUGUGCUGCUGUGUUCGUGCGCGCGCGCCGGCCCGAGUAACAGGUGUUUUGUGGGGGGUGCCGGGCGUGACUCGUUGUAACUGUGUGUGAUUUUUGGCCGCGUGGUCCGCGCGAUCGCAGCGAUGCGCGCGCGCGGUGCGUUAUACGGUUGGCUGCUUCGGUCGAUCGAUCUAUUGUACAUGUGCACGGACGCCUUAGCAUUUUGCCUCAGGGGGUGUGCUUUGUUUCACACCAUUGUCGUUGCUAGUUACUCCUACUAGACAACACAACGGAACAACCGAAUCAGACAAUUUAGCGCCCACUUUUUUUUUAGGGAAAGAACGCAAGACUUGGCCACAUUUGGAACGGCACAAAUUGAAUUUUUAUCUGAUUUUUUGCCAAAAAGAGUUA